AUGGAGUCUAGAAACGCCAAGUCCCCGUUAGCUCCAGUUGCUUCCCCAGUAAAGGUUUCACGAGGGCGCUGUAGAGCGGACUCAAACGGCCUGCGUCACACAUUACUCCUCUUAGCCUUGACCCCACCAAUUUUCCGGAAACAGACUCGGCAUCUGAAUUACCUGUUUGGCAGUCACUAAAACGGCAAACUUCGACCUUAUCAAGCCUUAUGCCAUCUUCAAGCUUAGAUCUACGCUCAAAUGCCGCUAUCGCCAGAGCCCAGAAGCUCACUGCUUUGGCUGAGCCGCCGAAAGGUGGAUUUAGAUGCUUAAUGUUACCUUUUAUGUCGGCUUUUUACAUUCCAGCUGCAGUCUUGACGAAUGCUUUUUUCCACAGGGCUAGAGUCGCGUUCAAGGCGAUCUAAACCGGCAGUCAGCAAAUCCACGAGAUCCGGAAUCGUAUUCCCCGUUUCCAGAGUUCUAAGACUCCUAAGGACAUCAAAAGUUGCGAGGGUUCAUCGAAUUUCAGCCUCAGCAGCAGUCUACCUGGCCGCUGUUCUAGAAUAUAUGACAUGUAAGCUCAUGCGGCUAGUAGAACACUUCGGAAUCUUAGGUGAGCUUUUGGACCUCGCUGGCAGCGUCGCCAAGGCCGUCAAGCGAAAACUACUGACUCCCCGCUUUAUAAUGAUUGCUGCCACCUCGGACUCAGAAAUCUCAAAGGCUUGUUCCUCAAAGACCACUGUCCUUAUGCAUUUUCUCCCCAUAUAGAUGUUGCAGAAAGUAACAUUUCCGUUCAGCGGAGUCCAGCCAGCCAUUCUCCCGCAGCUUCUAUCUAGAGCGUCAUCGAAAGUAAAGCAAACUAGGCGACGCGAACCUCCCCAUGCCAGUAAGGCAUCUGAGGUACGCUCUCCACUAUUUCCAGCGUAACAACUACUCUUCCAGAAAACGUUGCGAAAACUCACUCUUCCCAACGGACGCGUCCUACAGGUUGUUCAAGCUGAUAUGGCAGAACUUUCUGUCGACGCAGUUGUCAACCCAACGUCAAGUAAUUUUUAUAUGGGUGGUAUGGUAGGUAAGUGUUUAAACUCGGUUUGUCCUGCACCAGCAUAAUAAAUCCUUGCUUUUUAUGUCUUGAAACAUUUCGCAUUAGUGUUAGUGCGCGAUUUUUAGGACUUCUCGUGGCAGGCCGACUAUAGCCCUCACUAGCAUGGGCAUGUCGACUUGAUGUCGCCCUCGGUUACUUUGCCAAUAUCGAAAGUCGAUAUACCAUGAUAAGAGCGAAAGCGGUGUGUAGGGCAUCACAAAUGGAGCGCCCACCAAACUUACGGCCGUUGCCUUUCACUAGACCGUUGUGCUCGAAUUUUAACUUCCCUUUGCAACGAUGCCUGUAAGAGGAGUUCCUGUCGAAGAUGGCAAGCUUUUAGUCAUUUUGCGAGUUUUAGCUAAAAGAUCUGGAGACAAAAAUUGAAUAAAUUUGAUGUUCAACUCUGUCUGUCCAACUAUCGAUAUCAGUAUCCGUAAAUUCUUGAUGCUGGCGGAAGGUGGAGAGUUGACCAUGUUGAAGACCCCACUUCUUGCGCACAGAAUGAAAUAGAACACGAACUAACCGUUGACAGCAAUAUUGGCUGGAAGCGUGCUGAGACGCUCUCAGAAGACUUCUAGUGACAUCUUGAGAUGCCCUAUGGAGGUGGAAAUAAGCACCCCACUUACUAUAACCUCUUAAAGUUCACAUUCGCUCAAACCAUUUGCUCCCCAUCCCUUUCACUGUUGUUUGGGCGUCGACAGCGGCAUAAAACAUUCGCCUCACGAAAGUUAUCUGUGUUCCGGCCGUUAGAACAGGCCAGACGCCCAAUUUUUCAGUUCACCAGCUUGCGCCUGAAGUUUACGCAACUAAGCCGUGCGAUGUGUUGCCUAUCGAAAAUGAUCAUUUCCCGGAUCUAUUUGUUUUAUGUAUGGAAAAAAAUACUGGUAAUAUUUCUGUUUUCAGGUAGUCGCUUGACUUCCAAGGGAGGUGUUCAGUUCGCAGAAGUCAUGCGACAAACACGCCAAGACCUUCCCAUUCUCCCCUAUCUCGCAGGUAUGUCUUUACGACAUUCUAUUGAACAAUUCUGACACUACUAAGUGAAAAACUGGCCUUUUCGCGCCACGUCUGAGGUUUAUAUGUCGCCUUAUCCUACCUUAUCUGUGGACCAAUCCAAAGCCUUUUUACGGCGUUUUGGUGCAACAAGGACCCUCAUUUAAAAAAAACAACCACUAACAUACUGAGUACCUUUCCUGCCUUCUGUAAGUAAACUUAGAUCCUUUGCUGUCUUUGUUGUGUUGUAGCGCCAACAUACCUUACCUGUCACUACCAUGUAGAAAUAAGUUUACUGUUCCACUUCUGUUUUACUUCGUUAAAGCUGUCAGAUACCUGUAGCCUGACUGGUUAUAAAUCGAUACAAACGCCCGACGACUACGACAUUUUCUGCUCUAGCUUUACUUACUUCAGCACGAAUGUACACAACGAUUUCGAAGCUCCUUAGUCCUGCUUGCACUGGUCGCUUAUUCUCGUUUCCUUUUGUAGUUUUAGACUUAACUGUAUUGGCAACCAUCUAGGAGUGUCGCAGAUUGGCUUAACUCAUUUCAUCAAGCAUGAGCAUUUGUCAGUUCUCAGCUAACAUUCUCGUCACUUAAGUCAUUCUAAUACCUGUAUCGUAGGGUUUUAACUCCUUAUUCAUACUAAGAUCAUGCCUGUUCACUAGGCUACUGCGGCAGCAUCUGCACCCAGGGUGAAUUUUGGGUCCUGUCUCUUUCGAAAAGCUGCUUCCUCCAUGUGGACUAUUGCUGGCCCUAAUAGACUCAGCUGAUUCGACUUGUUUCUUUGGUACAAGCCUUGGUCUUGACUCAAAUUAGAAUACUAUCUCAGUGUUCCUUUCCUUUGGUGGGCUCGGGUGACAUACCGAAGAUAGCUGUGGUCUUGAUCCGAAACUAAAUGCUUUUUCGAUACUGACGACGCACUUCACCUACUUAAUGUAUGUUUAAAUCGGCGCAUUGUUUCGUUCUGGCGGUAGAAAAAGGCGUUUUUGACUUGCCGCAGAUAUCGAUUUUUAAUAGCGUUAUGUGUGCGGUUUUGCUGUCCUUCUUCUCUACUUCAUCCGCAAAACUUGCUUUUUACUAUUCUGAUUUCAAGCCCACAUCACCGAUGCCCCAAAUCUGAACGCGCAACACGUUAUUCACGUUAACGGUCCUGCUUGGGACUCCGGACUGGUAGCAGAGCGUUUGAGAGAUCUCGAACAGUGUGUCGAAAAUUGCUUACGUUUGGCUUCAGACAAGGAACUCGCUUCGCUGGCAAUGCCAUCUAUCGGUAGCGGUCGGUGAGUGUCUGUCUCCACAUAGUGCUAUCCUAUGCAGUAAAGGUUUUUGGGUCACUAAGCGUUUCUCUCGGGUGGCGGAGAGUAACCGCAAACUGUUCGGCACCAUCCAGCGAUUCGACGGUCACUAGAACCUUUCGUUUUACUGGCUCUCCUGCAUCUGUGAUCCUCAGUCCUCAGCCAGAACUCGGAGCCUGUUUAACUCUAGUUUGGCUUACCCCUCCUUUCUGCAAAUCCCUCAUAAAGACUGGUGUUAUACUCCAGUUAUUGCGAAUGGACUCACUACCUGAAACUAAUAAAUGAAAAACGCUAAUAGACUCAGUGGUAUUAAACAUAUAGUGGGUCCUCACGUUCGUUUCACGGAUGUCUUACCGCUUCUAGCAAAUCGAAAAAGAUGCCUAUUUGAGUUUCGCAGUCCUGUUCUAUGGCCAGAGAUAUCUAACUGGUUACUCCGGCUGAAACACUAUAUUUCGGUGAAUAAAAUAUCUGCUGAAAUAGCGUCCUCUUACAGCGUUGGACCAACCAUUUCCUGGACGUGCCAAUGUGUAGAGCACUUGACACCAGUCUGCAUCCUCUAGAGACUGGGAACGACGUUCACUAGUAUGGCCUAUGCAAUCACGAAAAUCGCCCAGAUGACGGGCACAGGUUUCGUAACUCAUCAAGUAGAGCACCCGACGUGGAUUCGGUCGGUGGUUCGUUUCCACCAGAGCAAUGUUCGUUGUACGAAUUUCAUGCCUUCGUGGCUUGCACUUGUGAAGUAAAUUCUAAUCGUUCAUCCAUUUCUUAAUUGGAUUAAGUUCGUUAUUUCAUACGAAUAAUUCCGCCUGCAGUUAUCCGAACUUUUGUCUCCAGUCGUAGACUUUGCUUUGCUUUUCCCCUAAAGUAUCUGCUCUUACAUGAAUUCUCUUCUUUAGUGCCGGCUUCCCGAAAGCAGUGGCUGCGGAGACGAUUGUCAAGACGAUUAAACGAUUUUUGAGUGACAACGUACUUGUCAGCCUGCGUGAUGUUCAAUUGGUCCUCUACGAUCAGGAAUCAAUCGACUGCUACAUAUACGAGUUAAAUAGAACGACAUGA